AUGACGGGCGCGGCAGCGGGUGGCGGUGGCCCCGGGAGCACCCGCCGUGCAGCGGCCGGCAAGGCGGGAGGCCGGUCGCGGAGCGCCCAGCCGCGGGCGGCGGGCGGCGGCGGGAGCGGCGGCGGCGGCGGGAGCGGCGGCGGCUCGGAGGAGGAGGAGCAGCGGGAUGGCGGGUCACUGUUCCUGGUGAACAAGAGCGGCUUCCCUAUGGACGGGCAGACCUGGGAGCGGAUGUGGGGGCACGUGGAGCGGGUGCACCCCGACGGCGGUGCCGUGGCGGCGGCCAUCCGGAGUGCAGCGCGCCUGGCCCGGCCGUCAGUGCCUCCAGUCCCGAACUACAAGCUCUCCAUGUCAAUCCCAGAAUGGCUCCAAGCAAUACAGAACUAUAUGAAGAUGCUGCAAUACAAUCAUACAGGAACACAGUUCUUUGAGAUUAGAAAAUCCAGGCCUCUCAGUGGGUUAAUGGAGACAGCAAAAGAAAUGACCAGAGAGUCCUUACCUAUCAAAUGCCUUGAAGCAGUUAUCCUGGGGAUAUACUUAACCAACGGGCAACCCUCCGUGGAACGAUUCCCCAUCAGCUUUAAAACCCACUUCUCAGGGAACUAUUUUCAUCAUGUGGUGCUCGGGAUUUACUGCAAUGGCCGGUACGGCUCGCUGGGCAUGAGCAGGCGAUCAGAUCUGAUGGACAAACCUCUAACUUACCGAACUCUGAGUGACCUCAUCUUUGAGUUUGAAGACUCCUAUAAAAAGUACUUGCAUUCAGUCAAAAAAGUAAAAAUAGGAUUAUAUGUCCCACAUGAGCCGCACAGCUUUCAGCCCAUUGAGUGGAAACAGCUGGUCCUCAAUGUAUCCAAAAUGAUGCGCACAGAAGUCAGGAAGGAGCUAGAGAAGUUUGCCAGGGAUAUGAGGAUGAAGAUUCUGAAACCCUCAAGUGCCCAUUCUCCAAUGAAAGAGAGAUCACGGGGUAAGUCGUUGUCCCCUCGCCGCCGGCAAGCCAGCCCUCAGAGACGAGCGUGCAAGAGAGACAAGUCGCCUGCUAUGGUGGACAAGAAAGGAGAUCUGGCUACACUCAACGAGGUCGGAUACCAGCUCCGCAUCUAA